AUGCAGGACGCAUUUGCCCUGCCGCAAGACAGGCGCUCCUCCAUGGCGUCAAAGCAUCCGAAACCCUGCGAUAUCAGCAACCUCAUGUCGCCUCCCGAGCCCACUCCUCUCGAUAUGUUCAAGUCGGGGGGUUCGGCGAGCGGGAAGCCCAUUUCGGGCCCCGAGCAGCGCGUUCCACAUCAACCACUUUCUCCGCCGGUCUCGCCAUUUUCGCAAGCCACGAACGCGAUCAGUCCGGCGCCUACUCUGAACCUCGGCGGCAAAGACCCGAUCCUCUAUCCCGCUAGCGAAGCUUCGACGGGCGCGCCGACCGGUCCCCUCUUUUCGCCCACCCAGGCGUCGGUGGACAAUUUCCGGGCGGACACAGAGCGACUGGUGGACGAGCAUAUCGCGUCGCGGCCGGUCGGCCUCUUCCGGGACACGACACCGCCGAGCAGGGAACAUUACGUUCUAGCUCUUCGCUUCCAAUCCACAUGUGUCACCCAGUGCCGGGAGAACCCGGCGAAGUGGCUACGCCGGGAGCGCGAACUCCUCCGCGCCGACCGCAAGCACACGGCUUUCCCGGCGCAGACGACUCGACUACCUCCCAUUCUCCCAGCCGCGCGGCCUGUGGUUCUUGGUCCGCAAGCGCCCAAGUCGGUGCCGGCUUCCCGUAUUCAAAAGGCCAGACCGCCCAAGGCGAAACCCCAAAACCCGCGGCCCAUUCGAGCCACACCUGCACCAGCCCGCGAGGCCAUCCGGGUCGGUACGCCGGAACCGCGUGUGCGAACCGUCGCACCCAACCGCGAAGACAAGGACUUUGCAUCCCUUGAAGACCUCUGCCCGCCCGUCAAUACACUUCCGGCGAAGGCGAACAGUCUUAAGGUGGACUGGAAGGGGAAUGCGCUGGACUUGAGCAACGACCCGAAUCGGAAUCUGCUCCAUCCGGAUGAACUGAUCCUGGCCAGCAACCUACGGCUCGACUGCGCCACAUACCUCACCAGCAAGCGGCGCAUCUUCCUGCGACGCCUCGAGUGCGCGCGGAUCGGCAAGGAGUUCCGCAAGACAGACGCACAACAGGCGUGCAAGAUCGACGUCAACAAGGCAUCGAAGCUGUGGCAAGCCUACGAGCGCGUCGGCUGGCUGCAUAUCGAUUGGAUGGGGAAGUAUCUGGGCCGCAAAGCUUGA